GUCGUGACAUCCGAACAAGUGCAAAGAGAAGUUGCUACAGUGUCGCGUUGAAAGUCUCAAGUUAGUAGUUGAUAGUUGUUUGAAAGAUAACCAGAAGUUGUAAUCAUGGCCGUGUGGUCUUCCUCUCUAGCCCAUGGCCAGCGGCCCAACACGAUCAGCAUCCCUGCUUCAGUAGGUUCUAGCUCGUCCGAGGCUCCCGCGCACUCCUGGAAAUCGCCGGAGGUCGUUGACGCUAGUGUGCCUCUUCUACCGUCGACAUCUGCCGACGGGAUGGCGCUGACAUACGAACAGAGGGUGUGCAGAAAGCAUUGGCAUUGUUUGCACGUGGAACGGCAGAAUCUUCUCCAGGCGUGUCGGGUUGCCGUAAAGGCCUUGGUGGAUCGCGUGUGCUUUGCUGUAGUCGAUGACGAUAGCGUGGAGCUGGCCCAGUUCAUAGCCGUGGCGGAGCGCAUUCUCUUUCACGGAUUUCACGGUCAGGAGUCUGGCAGUAUCCUGUCUGCGGAGGAGCCUUGUCCCGAACUGUGGCCGGUGCUGAAGGCAGCUUUGCCGGCCACUGAACCGGUUGAGACUGUGGAGAAUAUGAGCGAUGUACACACUGACUUGGGAAAAUGUCGCGCCUGGUUGCGUACCUGCCUUGUUCAGAAGUCCUUUGCGACACACUAUCUACAGAUGCUCAACAGUACACAACUUAUCAGUUCCUGCUACUCUACGUCGGCACUGCUGCGUCGUGAGGACGGACAUCUGAUAUUCGGCUUUCUCCAAGCGCUGGACAGUGUAGAUUUCUGUCUAUGUCUAAAGGACAACGUUGACCUGGAUGUGAGCGUCCAUUCUGUUGUCGACUACUCCUAUUUCAUUCAGUUCAGAGCGAGUGCUAUUGGUAAUCUGGCAGACGAGGGAGAGUGGUGGGAUGCGCUCGAGGCCGACUCGCUGCCGAACGUUCCGCGCGACUCGCAGUCUGCCCUCGCCAACUCCGUGGUGGUGGCUGCAAUGUCGAAAGGCACCUCGACGGUGUCCUCUGCAUCAGCGUGCGCUGAUAGGCCGGACGAGACACUGCCGAACCCAGAUGCUGUGUUUAGCAGCUCUCCGCGUGCCACAUCUAUGACCGAAGGUGAAUCCACGGCAGCCCAGACAACGGCGGAGACAGCCAGCUUGAACCCCGGACUCUCCGCAGGAGAAGAGCAGGUGGAUGGCCAGCCCACAGUCACCACGCCAAAUGCCAGUGUGGGCAGCACGACUGCCGCAAGUUCACUUAGCGCCGACGAAGGCGCAGCAAGUCGACAUGCAGACCAAGCGGCGGCGGAUUCAACGAAGCGCAGUGGCUCGCAUCCAGUGUCGUCAAGCUCCGGUCUGAACAUUGCGAGUGCAGGGGAGUCUACCACCGGGACAGACCACGUUGGCAUGGCCGACUUCAUCCGGCUGCAACAUCACGUCAGUCGUGAGAGAGAACAGAGAAAUUAUUGCGAAGAGCUGGUGAAGCAACGUGCGAGGCAGCUGUCGGAGGCAGCGCAUGAGAAGGAGGCGCUGUUGCAUCGCAUUUCCGCAGUUCAGGAACAGGGGCACAAAGAGCUAGACCAACUCGAGGCCAUCAUACUGGAGUUGCAUGAGCAAGUAGCCGACCUGACACUGGAGAAUCGCCGACUUACGCAGGAGCUCACGGCUGCCUCCACGCCCUCCGACGGCAUCUUCUCCGGUUUCUUUUCCCGGUGACCGUUCCGUGUCGAUUGCCGGGCGUACCGGUUACGUUACGCCUUGUGCCCGCUGAAUUCGUCCAGAAUAACACCGAGUCGCUUCAACCGUGGUCAUGCAUGUAGCCUUGCACUGCAUUCUAGACGUCCAGGCUUCAUCUCAAGAUUGUGUUUGAGCUGGCAGCCCAGAGCUAUUGUGGGUCUUGCCAACAUCCCCGCUGCCAAUUAGAAGCAUCCCCGCCGCCAAUUCGAAGCAUCCCCGCCGCCGAUUCGAAGCAUCCCCGCCGCCGAUUCAAAGCCGGUAGCUAUGCUGUUCCAAUGGGUGUCGGUGGCUCACAGGAUCUUCUCCUGGUCUAGACCAUUGUGUGAAGAGUGCUGAGUUUUACACAAAUCAAUCAACCAUCACCAGUAAAGGGAAAGAGAAAAGAUAGUUAGUGUUCUUCGGGCUGGCACGAAUUCUCCCUUUUUGCCUGAAGAGAUCUCGUAUUAUUUGUACCCCCCGUGUACGACCGUACCUCACCUUGUCAGUCUGAGGAAGCUGGGAGCGGGCGGUGUGGAGGACGUGCAACCGCCCAUUCAAACAUGCUCUCUCCUAUGUACUUUGUACUCUGGGCGAUGUAGAGGACAUGCAACUGCCCAUUCAGACAUGCUAUUCUAUGUGCAUUGUACUCUGGGCUAUGUAAAGGACGUGCAACCGCCCUUUCGGACAUGCUCUCUCCUAUGUGCAUUGUACCCUGGGUGGUGUGGAGGACAUGCAACUGCCCAUUCAGACGUGCUCUCCUAUAUGCAUCGUACUCUGGGCCGCACGGCUCCAGCCUGCUGUGUUACGCAGUCUCGGCCACGCUUGCCCACCAGCAGGACUACACAAGCGUGCCGCGUCUACGUCCUGUGGGUGCCCUGUUGCCGUGGUUACGGUUACCACGGCAGUGGCGAAGCUCCUCGAGAGACGGCGCGCUGUGAGUCGGUGUAGUGUGCGCGCCGGCUCCAGCCAAGCUGUAUGAACCACACCGCUGCCCCGCCGCUCACGUACAAGUAUUUCGAAAGAAAAAAAAGGUUCGUCCAGCUACUUCGUUGUUCCAACCAACUCGUGAAAAGCUGCAUCAACUCUUAGGCUGUAGUCGUCGAAGGUGUCUAUCCCCGACCGAAAGCUACCCAAGUUAAAGCCGCACAAUCUAGUGUUCGUGUGCUGCCGCUGUGUGGCGUGCCUGCUCGCAAUUUUUACAGGAUUCAAUAUUCCCUGCCAGUAGUCAGUAUUUACGACUCGCUCUCAGACGGUCUAUUUCAAUUGUUUA